CAGCAUGCUCCUCGGCCAAACACUAUGGUUGCACAGAACAUCAGCUGCAGAGGACUUUGUACUUUAACUCACCGUUUGCAGCGAUGCUGAGCUUAUUCCUGGUUAUUAUUCUUUGCAUACAUCGUGUGUCUACUUCGGAUACUAAAGUGUCACAGAAUGGAAACAGUCCCAGUGAGAGCUACCUCAUGUCCAUAUGGCACAACAGGCUCUACGUGUAUUCAGCUGCUGCUCUCAUCUUUGGGAUCUGGUUCUCACUGAAGGUGGCUCUGAAGAAGAAAAGCUUCUCCAAAGAUGUGGAGCCGUUGGUCUACAAGGCUGUGAAGAGCAAUGAUAGCUCUGACAGAGACACUGUGGUUCAAGUGUCAGGAGUUAAAAUCUUCUACGGUUCACAAACUGGAACAGCAAAGGGCUUUGCAGAAGAGCUGUCAGAGGAGGUGAAGUCUUUGGGAAUACCAGCAGAGGUGAUUGACAUCAAAGACUACGAUCCGGACGAUCAACUGGCUGAUGAGUGCACCAACAAGUCGGUCUGCGUGUUCCUUGUGGCCACCUACACCGACGGACAGCCAACAGAGAACGCUGAGUGGUUCUGUAAGUGGUUGGAGGAGGCGUCCACUGACUUCAGAUACGGGAAGACCUACCUCAAAGGCCUCAGAUAUGCCGUGUUUGGUCUCGGCAACUCUGUCUAUGUCGGCCACUAUAAUACGGUGGUUAAAAACGUGGACAAGUGGCUUUGGAUGCUGAGUGGCAUGCGGAUCAUGACUAGGGGAGAGGGCGACUGUAACGUGGUGAAGAGCCGUAAUGGCAGCGUUCAAGCAGACUUCCUGGCCUGGAAGGGGAAGUUCCUGAUCCGCCUGCAGGCCCUGGCCAAGGGAGAGAAGAAGAGCUGCAGCGGGAACUGUAAGACUGGAGGCUCCUGUAAGAACAACAAGAAGGACGGACAGGAGGAAGAGGAGGAGGCAGCGCCGCAGAAUAACAGCUCUGAGGAGGAUCUGAUGGAGUCCAGCAGUGAUGAGGACGAGUCCAGCCUGCAAGAUGAGAAAAAUGGUUCAGUGGUUGACAUGGAGGAUCUGGGCAACAUCAUGAACAGUGCCAAGAAAGCAAAGAGCAAAGAGGACGGCCGAGAAGACGGCCAGAUGGUGAAGCUAUCCAAGUUGAACGGAGUGAAGAAGAUUGAGGAUGAAGGGGAAAGAAGAGAGAUGAUCACCCCUGCUCUUAGACAAGCACUGACAAAACAAGUCCAUGCUGCGAGGGAGAGGAGGCUGUUACAAGCACACCUUCUACGGCAUGAGUCCCACCGGUGCAUGGAGACCACCCCCAGCCUCGCCUGUGCUAACAAGUGUGUCUUCUGCUGGAGACAUCACACCAACCCAGUGGGCACAGAGUGGCGCUGGAAGAUUGACCCUGCUGAGAAGAUCCUGGAGGACGCCUUGGAGAAGCACCAGAGCAUGAUUCGACAGUUCAGAGGUGUCCCUGGAGUGAAGCCCGAGCGGUACGAGGAGGGCUUGGAAGCCAAGCACUGCGCCCUCUCCUUGGUGGGGGAGCCAAUCAUGUACCCCGAAAUCAACACCUUCAUCCGCCUCCUCCACUCUCACCGCAUCUCCAGCUUCCUGGUCACCAAUGCACAGUUCCCACAGGAAAUCAGGACCCUGGUUCCAGUUACCCAGCUGUAUGUUAGCGUGGACGCCAGCACCAAAGACAGUCUGAAGAAGAUUGACCGACCGCUUUUCAAGGACUUCUGGCCUCGCUUCCUGGACAGCCUCCGGGCCCUGGGAGAGAAGAGACAGAGGACGGUGUAUAGACUGACGCUGGUGAAGGCCUGGAACGUGGAAGAGAUGCAGUCCUACUCGGAGCUCAUUGCUUUGGGCCAGCCGGACUUCAUUGAGGUCAAAGGAGUGACGUACUGCGGGGAAAGCUCUGCCAGCAGUCUGACCAUGGCUAACGUCCCCUGGCACCAGGAAGUGGUCGCCUUCGUCCAGCAGCUGGCUGACAUGUUGCCUCAGUAUGAGAUUGCCUGCGAACACGAGCACUCCAACUGUUUGCUCAUCGCACACACCAAGUUCAAGGUGGACGGCGAGUGGCGGACGUGGAUCGACUACGAGCGUUUCCAGGAGCUGGUCCAGGCUCACGAGGAGAGUGGGGGACAGCAGGGCUUCUCAGCCUUUGACUACAUGGCCAAGACUCCCAGCUGGGCUAUGUUCGGAGCCAACGAGCAAGGUUUUGACCCCGUCGACACACGCUUCCAACGACGCAACAAAACCAAAGACAUUUCAGGAUGCUGAUAGAUGUGUGAGAGAGAGAAAGAGAGGUAGGAUGAAAAAGCGAGGACUAAGCUCCAUAGCAAAGAAUUAAAAAAAAGUAGGGUUCAAUGUUUUUCCGCUUUGAGUUUCAAAGUUUCCUUUUUUGUCCCUAGCUGCCCUCAUUCUCACUUUCUCCCGCUUGUCAUUUCUCUUCAAUUUUUGAUCCUUCAGUUUAUUGGCUUGAGCUCUGAGAUCAGACGAAAUCCGUCAGAAUCAAUUCCUUUGCACUCACUUUCUAGACAUUCCCUUUAGGUGCUUUCCUUGCUUCCUAUACUGUAUGUACAUAGAUCUUUGAUACUUCCCUCGUUUUUUUGAAGGGGUCAUUAUUAUAAAUGUCAAUGGCUUUUUGAUCUUUGAUUCAUCUGGCAGCACUUGGGAAGGUUGACACUGUUAACGUGGAACCUGGGAGUGGUUUCAUCAUCAGCUGACAUAUUUUUCAAUAAUCCAGGUUCUAGUUAGGCAGCCGUACAGCUCAGGACAUGAUUAGCAUAUAAGGAGCUCUUCUCCUCAUGUCACCUCCCAGAAACCUUUUCCUCCUACUCAUUAGGACAGUGGUUGUAUUUACUUGGUGGUGAGAGACUCGAGCAGUGAGAGAAAGACAUCAAGGCUGCGUCUCCACUGGGAGAGUCAGGCUUCUUAUUGCUCUCUUUGUGACGGAUAGUUCUGCAAUAGAGAGGUGAAGUCCCGCCCCUUCCGGUGGAUCCCAUCGGACCUUACUUUGGAAAAAAUAUCCCCAUCCUGUUGGAAUUGCGCCAUGAAUCACACAUAUGAUGUUUGUCAAUUUAAAACAUAAUUUUGCACGUCAAGAAAGUCGCAGUUUGUCAUAGGUUUGUCAUAGUAUCAUGUCGUUUUGUGUGAAACCGCUCAGUGAACUACAUCUCUCAUCUCGUACAAUAUACCUUUUCUUACUUGGUGUGUUUUAUCCAGCAACUCCUGGUCUUUUUAUCAUCCUGGAAGCGAAAGAAGGAACAAGACCUGUUGCUCCUGUGAGUUCAUCCGAGUACGAAACACACACAGGCAUCGUAGCUCCAGAGAGAGAGACGUCACUUACGCAAUUUUUGGGUGUGUAGUCUUUCUAUUUACGUAUUUUCACAGACUUAUACUUCAGCAGUUUUACAACAAAGUGCGGCC